AUGGACUAUGCAAAGCUUAAAACAAGAUUAAAGGACAAGUUUACAAAGGAGUACAAAAAGACACAGCACACAGGCGCAUACUUAGACGCAGAGAAAGAGUACAAAAAAACCAGAGAGUCCAUAAAAAUAAUGGAAAUCGAACUGCAGGCCCUGCAGCAAGCAUUCACUACAUCAUCUAUAUACGACAAUAUAACUAGCAGUUUGGCAUCCGGGCUAGAGCUCGUAAAAGAAAGCAUAAAGAAACAAGGCAGAGCAAGAACAGAAGUAUCAAAAGAAGAAGUAGACGUGUUUGGUCUCUUCGCAGGGUCUUCUCUGGUGCUGGCCAAUAACACAGCAGGAGAAGCAUCCAGGCAGUUUGAAGGCCUCUCAUACUCGCUGAAGAAAGUGUCUGCGUCACGUGUGCAGCUUAAAGAAGGCAUAAAUCGGGUUAUGGAUCUACUUAAAGAGCUCAAGGACAUGUCUCUUGAGAUAGAUGAUAGCAGACUGAAGAUACUAGAUCUAAGACAAUGUGUAGAGGCUGCGAGAUCAGCAGAGGAAGAAGAGAAAUACAAACAGGAGUACACAGAGCAAACAUCUAAGGUGUAUGAAGAAAUGAAGAGAUUUACUGAGUCACCUGAGCUAUCAGAAAUAGCACUAGGGCUUGCAGGGGCACUUCGAGGAUUCUUUGGAGAUGCGUAUGAUGCGAUGGCAGAAAGCAUAAGUGACAAGUAA